AUGGCAGGAACGAGCCCGGUGUCCGAGGCGGCCGCCCAGGACCCCGGGCCCACGAUGGUGGAGGAGGGCGUCGCGCCCCCAGCUGCCGCGGAAGUGGCGCGGCCCGUGGCAGGCCGCCGCCUCGUCCGCACCGCGCUCGCCGCGGCCACCCUGCUGCUCCUCGGACCCGCCGCGCUGGCCGCGAGUCUGCACCACGCGUGCGCCCUCGGCCUCCGCGUGGACGGCGUGCACGUCUCCGCGCCGGAGGGCGCGGACUCCGCCGACGUGAUGCUCGACGCAGGCUUGGUGCGGCCUGCCUGGUCUCCGCACCGCGCCUGGCUCCGGAGCGCCACGUGCCAGCUGCGGGUGCGCGACCUGGACGUCGCCGUCGAGGCCCCGGACGCCCAGCAUCAGGGCCCGUCGCGCGUCAAGCUCCACGCCCGCACGCGGGUGUCGCCCGCGGGCGCCGCGGCGUCUGCGCCCGGCGGGUGCGAGGUCACGUCCAGCGUGGACAUCUUCGGCCUCGGCCUGCGCGUGCCGUGGACGGCGCGGGUGCCCGUGGACCUCGCGGCUGCGGAGGCGCCCACGAUGUGGGUGCAGCGCAGCGGGAGCGUGGCGCGGAAGGGCCCCUGGUCGCUGGAGAGCCCCAACGUGACGCUGGAGCAGCCGGCGCUCGUGGGCUGGCGGGUGCCCGCGGGGAGUCUCCCCGAGGCCCUGGACGGCCUGCUCGGGAGGGCGAGCAUCAGCCUCGACGCCGCCGUGGCCUACGAGGAGAGCGGGGACCGCUCCGUGCGACUGACACAGGCGGUCAACGCCAGCCUGGUCAUCGAGAGCGACGGCGAGGGCGGCUACCUGGUCUCCGCGCCAGCCCUCGUCACUGGCCACGUGCGCCCCGCCGCCUUCGCGGCCGCCCUCGGCAAGCUGCUCGUCGGCGACUCGCGCGGGGAGCGCGGCGGCGUCCACCGCUCGGUGCGGAUGGCCGCGGUGGCGCCGUCGUCGCUGGCGGCGCAGUGCCUGGGCGCCUCCCACGCGGUGGGUUGGCGCAGCCGCAGGGCGUCGGCCGUGCACGACCUGGCGCGCGGGCGAGGCGGCUGCUGGGCCGCCGGCUGGCGAGGUCGCUGGGGGGCUCCGCCGGCGAGCGCCUGGUGCAGCAACCGCCGCGGGACGGCCGUCGCCUGA